AAACGCAGAUAACACUUCACACAACUCCGUACUCUAAAUUGUGAUCAUCACAACGGCCAAGGCUACCUAAAAGAAGACCGUGAUCUCACAUUUGGCUGCCCACUUUUUAUCUUUCCUUUGACGUUUAAGACUCAGACUUCCUGGCAUCAUGGAGAAAGUCCAAUACCUCACUCGCUCUGCUAUAAGAAGAGCUUCAACCAUUGAAAUGCCUCAACAAGCACGUCAAAAUCUCCAGAACCUAUUUAUCAAUUUCUGUCUCAUCUUAAUCUGUCUCUUGCUGAUCUGCAUAAUCGUGAUGCUUCUCUGAAGUUUGGCUGCAAUGUCCAGGGCUGCAACUUAUCGCCAUCAGCUUCAAAUCUGUCAUCCCAUGAAGAGGGGAAAACAAUACUAUAUAAUAGACCACUUCCUAAGUAGAACAAUUUCUUUGUGAAAAGGUCAAGAUUCAGAACAAAACAAAUUGUUAGCAAAUGUAUUCAUCUGCUGGAUCUUGUAAACAUGAAAAGGGCCUUAUUUUCAAAAAUUAACUUUAAAAUGACUAUAAUGUAAGUGUGCAUAAUGUAACUGUUGAUUUCCUCAACAGAGCUUGUAAGUUUCUAUCCCAAAUCUUUUCUGAGGAUGAACUAGGGGUUUAGUUUUGAAACUGCACUGCUAAUAAGUUCACUUCAUAUAUAAAGCAUUAACUUCACUCUUUGCGGUAAAUAUAAUUUAUAUUGUACUGUAAAAGCCUCUUUGAUGUUUAUUAAGUAUUUUAAGGUCUUCACCAAGUACCAAAAUAACCAUUCAAAUGAAGUGUCAUAAUUUGAAAUAGCCCACUGACUCCUCACAUCUGUUAUCUUUGUUACUAUCAUACAGAAGUCUUUGUAGUAACUCUAUCAGAACCUACAUUCUAAAAUAGAAAUUGUAUUUUUUUCUAUACAUACAACACUAACAUUUUUUAAAGUUUAUGACAAUUAAGUAGGAAAAAGUAAGGCCAUACUCUUACACAAAUAAAUUUCUCUGAACUAAUUUUUUCAAAGAAUUACAGAAUUCUAGUAUGUAGGUAAACCAUAAAUCUAUUCUUGCUAGUACAUUAUAAUCUGUAGAUAAGAACUGUUGGUUAAUUUAACAUCUGACAGUGUGAUUAGCCAUAAUUACUAAUAUGCCAAUAGAAUAGAGUCUAACCUUAAUUUAAAGUACAGUAGUUGAUUAUCUGAGUUAGAGUAUGUAACUCGCCAUACUAUGUCUUUGGAAUCAUGAAAUCUUAAGACUUUAGAAUGAUUUUAUAGGUUGUCUUCUAUACUAACCUCAUAUUCAAAGUAGGCAAGGAAAAGAAUAAAGAAUAAAAAUAUAUUAUUUCAAGUGUUAAAAAAAUAAAAUUUUGAAUUCUCUCUCCAAAAUUAACUAACUCUUUGAUUAUACUUUGAAACGAACUUUUUGUCCCACUAUUGUUCAUGAUACAAUACAACUAUUUUUCCUUAAUUUAUCAACCAGAUGGCAAACCCCUAUGUGGUAGGCCACUCUACUACACUAAAUUACAGACCCAGCAAUGCUCAUAUACAAUUAUUUUCUUCCUGAAUACAUUUUUAAUUUCAUUUAAAAAUAUCCUCCAACAACUCAUAAAACAACAGAAGUAAAAAUUGGCGUUGGAAAAUAUAUUCACCAAAAUUUGGUAAUUUAAGUUGACUCAGUUUAAAAUUAAGUCUAAAACAGUUUACACCUAUACUGCGUAAUCCAAUAAUUUUAACUUCAGUUCAUGACAUAUUAAUAAUAUAGCAAUUAUUAGAGGAGUAGAGAAUGUGUAAUUUACUAUAUGAUUUUCUAAAAUA